GAGCUUUUAGAGGGGGCCAUAGGGAAUCCUCGUCCAGUUUACGCUAACAGAAUCAGAAAUAAAACUACAAAACCCGACAACCUUGGAUUGGCGCUUUUCCAAGACCUGCUUUCUUUUUCUGUUUAGUCGUUUACUUUGCACAGUUCUCUCUUCCUAUUGUCCAACCAUGCCUACUAUCAGCGUGGGAAGGGAUCGUCUCUUCGCAGCGAUCGGGCAAACUUACACUCAGGAAGAGUUCGAAGACCUUUGCUUCAGGUUCGGCAUCGAGCUCGACGACGUUACAACGGAGAAAGCGAUUAUUAGAAAGGAAAAGCAUUUGGAAGAGGAGGAAGAUGGGGACGAUGAAGAAGUUAUCUACAAGAUUGAAGUCCCUGCCAAUAGAUAUGAUUUACUUUGCCUUGAAGGGAUUGCUCAAGCCCUUCGAAUCUUCAAUGGGCUACAGGAGAUGCCGACAUAUAAAGUGGUUAAUAUUAGUAGAAAAUCAAUGAUUAAAAUGCACGUGAAACCAGAGACGUCUUCAAUUCGUCCCUAUGUUCUUUGUGCUGUUUUAAGAGGUAUAAAGUUUGAUGAGGUAACAUAUAACAGCUUUAUUGAUCUCCAAGAUAAGCUCCAUCAGAACAUUUGUCGGCGAAGAACCCUAGUUGCAAUUGGGACCCAUGACUUGGAUACAUUACAUGGCCCUUUCACAUAUGAGGCCUUGCCACCUUCAAGUAUAAAUUUUGUGCCUCUGAAACAGGAGAAGCAUUUCAGAGCUGAUGAGCUGAUGGGGUUUUACAAGUCAGAUUUGAAACUAAAGAAAUUCUUGCAUAUAAUUGAGAACUCACCAGUGUUCCCUGUGAUAUAUGACUACAAAAGAACUGUUUUGUCUUUACCCCCAAUUAUCAAUGGUGCACAUUCAGCAAUCACUCUUAAGACGAAGAAUGUGUUCAUUGAAUGCACUGCUACCGAUCUGACAAAAGCCAAGAUAGUUUUAAACACAGUGGUGACGACCUUCUCAGAAUAUUGUGAAAGAAAGUUUGAAAUUGAGCCAGUUGAGGUGAUAUAUUCUAAUGGGAAGUCAGUUGUCUGUCCUGAUUUAUCUUUCUACAAUAUGGAAGUUCCUCUGUCUUAUAUUACUGGUGCAAUUGGAGUCCCCUUGGAGGCUGACGAGGUCACUAGUUUGUUAAAUCGGAUGCAAUUGUGUGCUGAGCAGUCUGUGUCGGGUGAUAAUAACUCCAAUAUUACUGUAUCUGUACCUCCAACUAGAAAUGAUGUUCUUCACCCAUGUGAUGUUAUGGAGGAUGUUGCCAUUGCUUAUGGCUACAAUAAUGUUAAGGAUAUUACGAUUGCUAAGGGUUACAAUGUUUCAAAGGGAAGGGCUGUGUCUUUGAAGCCACUGCGCUUGGAAGAGUUUAGUCAUCUUAUCAGAUUAGAGAUGGCAAUGUGUGGGUUUACAGAGGUCAUGUCAUUUAUCUUGUGCUCGCUUAAUGACAAUUUUGCAAUGUUAAAUCAUGAAGGAGACAGAUCAAAUGCAGUGAUCAUUGAAAAUCCUCGUUCCUCUGAAAAUGAGACUGCUCGUACCAGUCUUAUGCCUGGUAUAUUGAAAACUGUUGGACAGAACAAAGGCCAUCCAAAGCCCAUAAAGAUUUUUGAAGUGGGUGACAUAGUGCUGUUGGAUGAGACUACAGAUGUAGGAGCAACAAAUCGUCGCCAGCUUGCUGCUCUAUAUUGUGGUGCUACUGCAGGAUAUGAGAUAAUUCAUGGCUUGGUGGAAAGAAUCAUGCUAGUAAUUGGGCUAGUUCCACCUGAUGACAAUACAACAUUCUAUCUAAAGCCUUCAGAUGAUCCUGAGUUUGUUAUGGGUACCCAAGCUAGUAUCAUUUAUAAAGGGAAGCGAAUAGGAACAUCCGGAAUCGUGCACCCUGAGGUCUUGAACAAGUUUGACAUCCCUGAUCCUUGUGCCUAUUUUGAACUCAGCAUUCAGUGCUUUUUUUAGGAUUUAUUUCAUAGCAGCUUAUGCACAUUGGCCUUGCUUCCAAUGCUUGUCCUUCAGAAGUUCCAGUGCCAUAAAAGCCAAUAACAUCGGCAUCCAUUAAUAUACUUGGUUCAGUCAAGUUUGGAGCCACCCUUGAUGCAGUCAAGGAAUAUCAUCAGUUGCCCAAUAUUAAGUCUUGAUAUAGCAUAAAUAUGAUAGCUAUUAGCUUGUUUUUUUCUUUCUGUUUCUUUUUUCUUAGCCAUGCUUUGAACAUCAGUUAUGUAUUGUUGCCUAACUUAUAUAAUCGAUGAGGAAAAGAUAUUAUAUAUAUGUCAGGGAUUUAACCA